AUGGGUUUUAGGAGGAUGCGUGAGAUGAAUAUUGCGUUAUUAGGGAAACAAGGGUGGCGUUUCUUAAAUAGACCUGAUUCCUUGGUAGCUAGGGUGUUUCGUUCUAGGUACUAUCCGGGUGGGGAUUUUUAUAAUGCCAAGUUAGGGAGGGAUUCGUCCUAUGUUUGGAUGAAUGUUUGGGAGGCUUGGGGUGAGGUUCAGCAGGGGGUUAGAUGGAGAGUGGGCACGGGGCAAAUUGUUAAGAUUUGGGGCGAUCCUUGGUUGCCCUCUCGGAAAAAUCCAUGUGUUAUUACUCCUAUGUUUGAUUCUAUAGCUACAGCCACUGUAAAUUGCUUGAUGAAUGAUGUUUUGGAUGGGUGGGAUGUAGAGAUUCUAAAUGAUUUAUUUUGCGAGAGAGACAUGAAUUUGAUUUUGAAAGUUCUCAUUUCUUUGUCAAAAGGGAUAGAUAUUCAUUAUUGGGAUGGGGAAGGGAAUGUGCAUUAUUCUGUCAAGAGUGCUUACCGUCUAUUAGUGGGGGAGAGUGGGGGCGUGAAUGGGGGUAGUUGGACUAAGAUGUGGAAUUUACAUAUCCCGCCCAAGGUCAAAUGUUUUUUCUGGAGUCUAUGCUCUAAUUCUUUACCUACAAAGGUGGCUCUUACUUUAAAGCGUGUGAAUUGUGGUACUUUGUGUGCUUUUUGUGGUGUUGAGAGGGAGUUGGUUGCCCAUGUUUUUAUGGUGUGCGAUUAUGCUAUGCAGGGGAGAAUUGGGCCAUCUCAUUAUGUUUUUUUGGGGUAUUUGGGAGGUGAGAAACAAGAAAAUUUGGCAAAAUAUGUUAGUUCCUCCGAGGGAGGUGGUUCAUUUUUCUCUGGGAUACUUACGGGAGUGGAGGUGGUGAGGGAGUUUUUGGGUGGGGCUGGAAUGAAUUCGGGGGAGAGGGUAGAGUUUGGAAUGCACCACCUAAUAAUUUAUUGA